AUGCGCGGCGCGUCAAAUGCGAUGUUACAGACCGCCAGCCAUGUGGAAACUGCUUCACAGCGAACAUCCACUGCGAGACUCGCGAAAAGUAUCUUGACAAAGACCGAGACACCUCGUCAGGAAGACGAUACAGCCGUCUUCCUGGGUGAGUCGAGCUCACUCAGAUAUGUCACUGAGGAGCCUUCCCCUGCUGGCCCAGCUACGCAACGGAGGCAAUCACUCUUCCGAUUCCACCAUGCUGUGCCCAGUACCGCUAAAGAGGAUGCAAUGGUGCCGGAGUGGGAGGCUGAACGACGUCGUGUGCGCAUGAAAGCUCUCCAAGCUGAAGGGACAUUCUCCUUCCCUCCAAUAGCGAUUCGUCUAGAGCUCCUGAAGGCAUACUUCCAGUGGUUUCACUCUCAUUUUGCAGUGCUAGACGAGUCGGACUUCUGGGAAGCACACGAAAAUGAUACAGUAUCGCCUCUUCUUCUACAGGCCAUGCUGUUCAUUGGAGUCAUUCAUUGCGAGCAAUCGACAUUGGUCAGUCUAGGUUGGGGUAAUCGCCAUCGCGCAAAGUGGCUAUUCUACAUCCGAGCCAAGGACAUAUAUGACGCCACGUACGAGAGCAACAAAGUGACGGUCAUCCAAGCGUUGUUCUUGAUGAGCUUUUGGCGCGCCGGUGCGCUGCUGGAGAAGGACGCCCGCCACUGGCUCGGCACCGCUAUCAGCUUAGCGCAAACGAAAGCUCUUCACCGCGCAGGCGAGGACGGAGAGGAGAAAAUAUCGAAGUUAAAACGGCGUUUGUGGUGGGCCAUCUACGUACGUGAGCGACAGUGUGGGUCUGCGCUCGGGCUGCCAAAUCGAAUCCGCGACGAAGACUGCGACAUCGCGCCCUUGUCCACGUCGGAUUUCACUUCGGCUUUCGGUGCAUCUACUACCGUUGCUGAUAGUGAGUGCUACACAGCGCAUUCCAUCGGUAUGAUGCAGUUAGCCGUUUACUUGGGCCAGAUCGUCGACGCUGGAUAUCUACCAAACCGGACUCUGAACGCUGGCGAUCGGAUUAGGAUACGCGGCGACUUAUACAAAUGGAAAGACAGUCUACCAGCCAUUGUUCAACUGAACGACUACGCUGGUGAUCAACCAAGUUUCCAAGCUAGCACGCUGCAGCUUGCCUACAACAAUUUGCUCAUAUUGCUCCACAGAACAAGCUUCAUCAUUGGUGAGAAUGGGAGUGCGGAGAAGGACGGGAAUAUUGCUCUGCAGGCCGCCGCUCGAAAUUCCCGGAUCGUGGAAGACUUACUGCCGAGCGGAAACAUUGGCCAUGCUCAGAUUCAUGUCAUCACUAAUCUCUUCAACACGCUCUGCAUACAUGUAGCGCAUCUUCGACGCUCAAAUGGUGUUAAUAGGACGCUCGCAGAACACCGAGCCAAGUUGUGUUUGAUGGGACUUCAAGAGCUCCAGAAGACGUGGGAGGUCACGAACUGGGUAUUGCAACUCUUUUUUCGCUACCUCGAUCGUUCGACAGCCGCGCGACUGGCAAUGGAGGCGGAUGACGUUGGAUUCUCUAGUGCCGCGAGCAAAACGCCGAGCGCCCGGGGUUCAUCAGGGCCGACGGCACAGGAGACCCCCAAAGUCAUGUCGAUCGACAACGUUGCUCCACAACCAACACCACACCCGGUCCCGGGUCAGUCGGAAUUUAGCCCGGCCCCUUAUACAUGGUCCAUGGACGAAGCGCAUCAGUAUCUCUUUACGCAGAUCGAAAAUGACUUUGCUUUCGGCGAGGGUGGCAUGCAACAGUGGAACCCAGAGGAAAUAAUCAAUAAUGAAGGCCUCGCAGAGUUUGUUUAUGCAAGCCUCAACGGUUAG